GAAGGGCCCGUGAGGAGCCGGGAGCCGCCGCCGCCGGAGGAAGCGCCGCCGCCGCCGCCGCCCUCAGUGUCCGCCCGAGCCGGGAGGGGAGAGGCCCGCACAGCCCCCACCAUGAACAAGUUGAAAUCAUCACAGAAGGAUAAAGUGCGUCAGUUUAUGGUCUUCACACAAUCCAGUGAAAAGACAGCAGUGAGUUGUCUGUCUCAAAAUGACUGGAAGUUAGAUGUUGCAACAGACAACUUUUUCCAAAAUCCUGAACUUUAUAUACGAGAGAGUGUUAAAGGAUCACUGGACAGAAAGAAGUUAGAACAACUAUAUAACAGAUACAAAGAUCCUCAAGAUGAAAACAAGAUUGGCAUAGAUGGAAUUCAGCAGUUCUGUGAUGACCUAGCCCUCGACCCAGCCAGCAUCACCGUGCUCAUCAUCGCGUGGAAAUUCCGGGCUGCAACACAGUGUGAAUUCUCAAAGCUGGAGUUCAUGGAUGGAAUGACUGAGCUGGGAUGUGACAGCAUAGAAAAACUGAAGGCCCAGAUUCCUAAAAUGGAGCAAGAAUUAAAAGAGCCAGGAAGAUUUAAGGAUUUUUAUCAAUUUACUUUCAACUUUGCAAAGAACCCAGGACAGAAAGGUUUAGAUUUAGAAAUGGCCAUUGCCUACUGGAAUUUAGUACUUAAUGGAAGAUUUAAAUUUCUAGACUUGUGGAACAAAUUUUUGUUGGAACAUCAUAAAAGAUCAAUUCCUAAGGAUACCUGGAACCUUCUUCUAGACUUUAGUACAAUGAUAGCAGAUGACAUGUCUAACUAUGAUGAGGAAGGGGCAUGGCCAGUUCUUAUUGAUGACUUUGUGGAAUUUGCACGCCCUCAAAUUGCUGGGACAAAAAGUACGACAGUGUAGCACUAAAGGACCCUUCUAGAGUGUACAUAGUCUGUACAAUACCUGAAAUGGAAAAUUGCACAGUCAAUUUCUGCUGGCUGGACUGAACUGAAGAUCAAUCCUCACAAUAUGGCUGAGGGUUGAGACAAACCUUUAAGGAUACAUCUUGGACCAUAUCAUAUUUCAUUCUUCUACUGGUGGUUUGGGCUUUUCUUCUAGUCUGGACCACUCUUGCCCGUUAAAAUUCCAACACUGUGGAUUUCAUCAUGGAUUUAUUUUUUGUUGGUGGAUCACCCUAGUUUCAUCUCCCAUAAGUCCUAGAAGCUUUAUUAUUAUUUUGAGGUUUCUGAUUUCACAUAAAGCACAACGCUGGUCAUCAUCAGACAACUGUUGUAUGGCAUCUGAAUUAUACAGAUCAACAUCAAAACAAUUUUUAAAAGAACCCUUAAAUACACACUUGGGGCUAGUUGCAAAGACUGUACUGAUAGCACUUCCUGCAAGAGUGAUAUAUUUAAGUGUACUGGGUCCGAGUUUUUUCUUUUCUGGAAAAGUGCAGGUGUCGUCUGAGUGUGAGUCUCUGGUCACAGCAGUGGCAGGAGUGACCCAGGAGCCCCAGGGCUGUUGAUUGGAGGUCCCUGGUGCCUGGCUGGGGUUGGCUGGUGGCUCAGCUGCUCUGGGGACAGCUUGGGGACGACACAACUCGAGCCCGCAGGGGGCAGAGCUGUGUCCUCACAGAAGCCAGCGUUCUCUAGGUUACUCUCUAAGAAAUCAGAUUUCAUUACAGUUUUGAAAUGCUUAUCUGUCUGUCAAAGAAAGGUUUUUCAUUUCUGUGGAAAUCAAACACUUGAAUAUACUGAAUUUGUGUCUUAACUGUUUGCUACACAAUACAGUAUUUUAAAUUGA